UGACGGACAGAAAGGGAGCAAUGUGGACAGUUAGCGAGUAUCUCCAGCACCUACAACGCAGCGUCGCGGCGCCUUUGGAGCGCCGGGCGUCCUCAGUUAUCUGUACGAUGCCACCGUGAGCGUUCAGUUCCUCCACUUGUCAUUGCACUCGCCAAUGAUAGGCUCACAAACACGUGUCCACCCUAACGAUAAUUUCUCCAAGCUUAACGUGGUUCAUGUUAAACCUGUUCAACUGUGCAACAGACAAUCAAACACGAGAACAAAAAGUGCAUUUUCUUCACAGUUUCUUUCAGCAAACAUUCAGCAUCAUCUCAGGCGCUGACAGAUUAAAUGAGCCAUCAGUGACUUCCCUUGAGACGUAUGUCCGGAGAAGUCCGAUAUGAAUACCGAAGGAAAAUUAUUCCCAGGGAAAAGAUGACACCACGACGUCAUAUCCUUAUGGGAAUUCGUAGGACAAUCGUGGUCGUAGGAAUUUUGGUACUUGUCGUCUUAGCAUUUUACAAUCAAGAUAGCACAAAUAACAUGCAACAAGACUCAAUAAUAGAGGGCGAUCUGAGAAUGACAUUAGAAGAAAGGCUAAUGGAGCAAUCAUCAUUGGCGGAGACGGAAAUGCGUUUAGGGGAUAGACGUAAUUUUUUGACGGAAAAAUGUAUACAGGAGGGUCUCGAUCGUUCUGGCAAUGACUCGCUUCACCGAGCAAAUGCCUGGGAAUUCCUUAUAAAUAGAGAGUACCAUUUGAUUUGGUGCAACGUGUUCAAAGCAGCAUCAACAUCAUGGAUGUACAACUUCAAUUUACUCGCCGGAUACAGUCCACAAUUCCUCAAGGCAACCAAAGCCGUGCCUGUUUAUUUAGCACGACAAAGAUAUCCUCGUCCAACUGCUGAGGAACUGGGAAAGUUUCUAAACGACAGCAUAAGUUUUCUGAUCGUGAGACAUCCUUUCGAACGAUUGCUCAGUGGUUACAGGGAUAAGUUUGAACAAAGCUUGCCUCAUACAUUUCACAGUAAACUUGGAUCCUACAUUGUAUCACACUACAGACAAAGAAGUAAGAAAGGAGGAGGCAAACAAGGACCGAGGUACCCAUUGUUUGAUGAAUUCGUGAGAUGGCUUUUGUGCGAGUGGCGAGCAGGAAAAGAAUUAGACAUGCACUGGACACCAGUCGUCAGUUUUUGUACACCAUGUCAAGUGCGAUUCGAUGUCAUUGCCAAAUUUGAAACAUUACACGACGACCAAAAUUAUUUGAUUAAAAAGGCCGGAGUGGGACACAUCAUUAAACCUGAAUGGCAAAAUCCAACUCGCGGUGCGCAAACAAAAGAUGUAAUAAAACAUUACUACAAACAACUUUCAAUUAAUCAAGUCAACGAUUUGUAUGGCAUGUUUAGGUACGAUUUUAUUUUAUUCGACUACUCGCCAGCUGAAUACAUAGCUCUAGGAAAAAAUGAGGCUACUACAUUAGUAUGCAAGAAGUAAAUUAGAAUUAACCAAAAAAAAAACCAUUAGCCUUUUGUAAAAACGGUAAAAAGUACCUUAGUUUUUUUUACAAAUUUCAUUAUAAAAUGAAAAUUGUAUCAUAGCAACGAAACCUUCGCGUGAUAAAAAAAGAGAGUACGAAUCUUGUAAGAUAUAGUUAGAAUUCACGAAAACACAAUUUUAUUUAUUUAAAAAUCUCUCUCCAAAAAAUAAAAAGAAAAAAUUCCAAAUUUUUCUUGGAAUUAAGUAGAAUAGAAAAUUUUAUAAUAAAAUUAAUAAAAAAAGAAUUAUAAUUACAGUGCUUAUAAAAUUUGCCUGUAUAUGUAAAUAAUAAUUAGACAAAGAAUUGUUGCGAGAAAUUCGUAAAACAUUGGAAACUCUAUUGAUUAAAACAUAGUUGUAUAUGUUAUAUUGACUAAACAGUCGCAUUUCUUGUACAUUUUACAAAUAUUCUUCAAAAAAUUU